CAUGCUCCCUGCGUCCGGAGGUCACUCACGCCGGUGCGCCGCGGGCCCCGAGGUCACCAUGCUCUGAAGAGAUGGGGGCGUCGGUGUUCCGCGCCCUCAGGAAUUUCAACCUGGAGAACCGGGCGGAACGGGAGAUCAGCAAGAGGAAGCCGUCCUCGGCUCCCAGACACCCUUCCACCAAGAAGCUCCUGGUGGAGCAGAUGAGCCAUCAUCCAGAAAUUGAACGAGAAGUUACUAACAAGGAUAACAAGCUGCACUCAUUUUUGAAAGAUAUAUACGUUGAUUCCAGAGAUCCCGAACGAGAAGUUACUAACAAGGAUAACAAGCUGCACUCAUUUUUGAAAGAUAUAUACGUUGAUUCCAGAGAUCCCGUGUCUUCCCUGAAGGUAAAAAAUGUUCAACCAAAGCCAGUGCCAAAGGAGUUCAGAAUGCCGAAAGACCAUCACUCGGAAAUGAAUGUCGCCAGCAUUCCUAAAGGCAAAAUUUCCAUUGUAGAAGCACUGACACUUCUCAAUAAUCAUAAACUUUAUCCAGAAACGUGGACUGCUGAGAAAAUAGCACAAGAAUACUACUUAGAACUGAAUGAUGUAAAUUCCCUUCUCAGAUAUUUUGUUACUUUUGAAGUCUUUUCUCCUGAAAAUAAGAAAGCACUACAAUCAAAGUAAGAACAUCACAAAAUGACUUUUUAUAGCUCUAUACUGUUUAUCCCUUCUGUUCAGCCUACUAAGUUGUACCAGUCACAGUGUAUCUCAUGCUCCCAAGUCUGAGAAGACACUAUUGAGUUCAGUUUCUAGGAUUUGUUCCUAGGAUAUAUUUUGUUAUAAAUGUUAAUUUGAUUUAUGUACUAGUUCUGUGUAUACAUUAGCAUGGCUAAUCACAUCUAUAAAAUUACUGUAAAUUAAAGAGAAUUUGUCAUUGUAGGCAUAUGUAUCAAAUCAAAUAGCCAGAAUUCCACAUUUAAAAUUCAAAGGAUUUCCUUCCACUUAAGGUGAUGAAUUACUUUGUUGUGGGGUUUUAAGAUAAGAGCUUUCUUGACUCCUA